AUGACAACAACCACGUCGGACCUGGGCUACGUGCCCGGGUACCACGGCGCGGGCCCUCUCACGACAGUCUUUACCACUCCGGACUUUUGCGCAAGCCUUUACUGGACAGACACCGUCACGCCGCCGCUCUCGAGCCUGGUGUGCAUGCCGCCAAAGUUUCACUCAUUAUACGACUACAGCUUCGGUUUUUACUCGCCUGGGAUAUGUCCGACCGGUUACAGCAAGGGCUGCGACUUCCCGAAUGAUAGGGCGCGAACAGACGAUGGCGGGAUGGUAUAUUUUGGAGGGAAUGUGCUCGAUGGCGAGACCGUCAGGGUCUGCUGCCCGAACGGAUACACAUGCCUCCUGAACGAUCCUUACAGCUACUCGAAGUGCGUUCAUACGACCGACAGUUCAGAGAUGGCUUUCGCCCUCCAGGUCCGCUGGCAGGAGUCUGACCUUAGCAUAUUGGCGACCGACCCGACGGUCCCCGGAUCGACCUACUCCGCGCCGUCAACAGCUACAGCCACGCCAUCGACGGUAGAAAGCACGGCGGCGUCCGGGAGCAAUGGCGACACGCCGACCCCUUCGUCGUCUUCCAGCAACACCGUCGCCCAGAACGACGACCCCACCUCGAGGACAGAAAGCGGAAUACCGGCCGGCACUAUAAUCGGCAUAGCUAUUGGCGUGGGAGGGAUAGUCGCCGCUAUCGCCGUAAGCGCGGUUGUUUUCUUCAUAUGGCGGCACCGCAGGAAGAGGCGCGAGAACGGCACCCGGAUCGAGUCCAUGAUGUCUGGUGUUGGCGAUUCCAAAACCUCACCGGCAAAUAGUGAUGGGUUUGCGGCGGACAACAAGGCCGAACUGGACUCGAGGGCGAGGGCCAGCACGGCCGCACUAAGUGAGGCGCCGGCAGACAGAGAUGCCAUAGAGAUGCCGCCGAUGCACAUAGCCGCAACAGAGAUGGAAAUCACCACUACCAACGGCGGAGACUUCACAAAGGGAGUCAGGGGCAUUGGGGAAUAUGGGCCACUGGAAGAGGCGGUCUGUGGCGAGGGCCCAGUCUCAAUCAACACCAAUCUCGAGUUCGUCCACAUCAGCGUCGUCGACAUCGACAACGACGACAGAGGAUAG